CUUAACAGAUUACAAAUAAUAACAAAAAUGGAAAAUAAAUAUGAUGCACAUAUUAUUAUCACAUUGAUAAUUACCUUCAUUGUCACCCUAUUCGGAAUCCUGUGGAUCAGCGGCACUUUGCUGGGCGUUUGGGAUCGCUUUUGGUAUGGCAUCAUUCGCAAGCUGUAUUGCAAGUACUUUAUAUAUAAAUACAUGUAUAACGAUAACUUGACGCCGGUUUCCAAGCGCCGUCUUACGCUCGUCAAGAAGAAAACUCUCAUCCUUGACAUGGAUGAAACCCUCAUAACGUCUGUGAUGAUAAAGGAAGAUGGCACUCCGCCUCCAACCAAAAAAUGCAAAUCGAAAAAUGUGCCAUGCGAUUUCGAGUUUCUAUUGCAGGAUGACACUAGGGUCAAGGUGUACAAGCGGCCCUUUAUGGACUACUUCUUGGACAGGGUCUCGGUAUGGUACGAUAUAAUCAUAUUCACCGCUGGAACCGAAGCAUAUGCCACGCCUAUUCUUGACUAUUUGGAUGGUGGGCGCAACAUUCUGACCCAACGAUUGUUUCGUGACAGCUGUGUCAAUGUCUAUGGGUUCAAUGCCAAGUUUGUGUCGCUGGUCUGCCCUGAUAUGGCCAAUGUGAUCCUCCUGGAUAAUUCGAUUUCCGAGUGCUCUUUCAAUGUGAAUAAUGCCAUACCCAUUACCGACUACGUCAUCGGGGACUGGGACAAUAAGUUGCUCAACAUAUUGCCCUUUCUCGAUGCCCUUCGAUUCGUCCAGGACGUUCGGUCCAUCUUGAAGCGUUGCAAGGUAUUGAACGCGCCUUCAUCGUUUAUUGAUUUAUAGUUUGUUGCAUUUAAAAUGGUGUCACCAUUACUGUAGCAUUGAGCUUUCUUUGCACCAGGAUACCGAUA